AUGUCCUCCAUAGACAACUUUACAUUCAAGGGCGAAACUGGCAAAACUCUUAUAAAGUCUCCUGGAUCAAUCCAAGGGCAAGUUUUCAACCUCAUGCAGCUUGAAGGAUGUACAAUCUACUUACUAGACCACUCUGAUGCAGUUUAUGUUGAUGAAUGCCGUAAUUGCACAAUUUUUAUCGGUCCUGUCCAGGGCUCUUGUUUCCUUCGCAACUGCAAUACCUCCACUUUUUCAAUUGCUUGCAAUCAAAUUCGUACCCGUGACUGCACUGAACUGACAAUUUUUCUCUAUUCCCAAGCUGACCCUCAUAUAGAAAAAUCAUUCGGCAUUAAAUUUGCUCCUUAUAAUUUCUCAUACCCUUUCCAAGAUAAGCACUUUCAAGCAGCAAAACUAAACCCAGACGCUAAUAAAUGAAGCGUGGUCUAUGAUCACAAUUCCAGUGAAGGUGAAGGACAUUUUGAAUAUUUACCUCCUAAUCAGUUCGUUGAAGAAUCCAAAGAGAUUUCCGGUUUUCCACCUCCAGUCAAUCCAGUCCAGAGAAGUGUGAUGUAUGGAGGAAACAUCAGAGAAGAUAUAAUCCCACCUAGGGCUGCCAAAAAUAUUCCGGUGCAUGCUCUUUUGAUAGGAAGGUUAAAAUAUGCCUUCUAAAAAUUGAUCCAAAAUUUUUUUCUUCUACUCCCUCUGUAAGCAAACAAAACCAUUAAAAAAACUCACUAUUUUUUGGGUAAACCUACCCUCCUUCGGAAAAUAAAAUUUUAAAUAUAAACAUUAUUAUAAUGAAAUAUCUAGCUAAUUCUGUUUAAUUUUAAAUACUCAUUUUAAAACAUAAAUUUUGAAUAUUAAAUUAAUUUUUUAUUUUUGAAAAAAAAAAUAAUUUAUAUAAAGCCAGCGUCACUAACUAUAUAAUUUUUUUAAAAAGAAAAAUUAACUCACAUCCAUGAGAAAAAAUACAAAUCGCUCACCAAGAGGAGGAUUAAGGCAUUUGAUAAAAAUUUAAAGUUUUUUCCUAAUGUCUCACUAUAAAAAAUUUCAGCCAAAUUUGAGAAAGCCUCACACUAUCAACACUUCCCGAUCAAAUUUUUGUCGCCAAAUAUUCAGAGUCCUAUGCCUGUGAGAAGAGACUUACCACCUCCAGCUAUCGCAAAUCCUACAGAUAACCAAAAUUUGUCAGCGCAGGAAGAUAGAAGAUAUGUCCCUUUUAAUUCACCUAAGAUGGGAGAAGUGUCUCAGGUUGAAGCAAAAAUUCAAAACCAAGUACAAUUAAAUGCUAAUAUUUCUCAAAAUGAAGAUUUAGGCAUUAUACAAGUUCUAACAUAUAACUACAGGCAAGGCCAAGGAUUUGAAUAUGAUUAUACAGGAGUGACAAGUUUUCCAAAUGAAAUUAUUAGGGGAACAUUAGAAUCUCUGGAUGUGAUUGUGAAGCCGUUUAAUGAGAGCUUGAACUUGCUUUUCUUGUGCUCCAUGCUCGUUGUUAUUGGCUUUUUUGUGCUGUUUUUACAAUUUUUUAUAUUGAGGAUGACAUCAGAAUGGAGAAAAGAAGCUUGGGCUAUAGUUAUUGUGUUUAUUUGUAUCAGUUUUAUUGUGCUUCAGGUAAUUAUUUUCUUAAAAAAAAGAAAUCUUUCAAAGGAUGGAGAAAUUAAGGUGUUGGAGUUUGUAACGCAGGAGAACAGUAAAUCCUAUGAACAGAGAAAAGCUACAUUAAAUGCAACGCUAAAUAUGGUGAGAAUUGAGAUUAAGUAA